UCGGCGUUUUUCCAUCUCCAGCGUAAAGGGACUCGGUUCUUAAGAACGAACUUUUCAGCGGAGCUUUCGGCAAAAGGAGUAAACAGCAAACAAAUAAAACAUAAAUAGAGACCAACAAGUAGACGGCGACGAGGAACGACUCAACGAUGGGCAACAUACACACGACGGGUCCCAAUGAGGCGUUAAUUGUUUCAGGUGGCUGCUGUGGAUCGACCAAGAAGCGCACGAUUGUGGGCGGCUGGGCGUGGGCGUGGUGGCUGGUAACCGAUGUCCAGCGACUGUCCCUCAAUGUGAUGACCCUGAAUCCGAUGUGCGAGAAUGUGGAAACGUCGCAAGGUGUUCCGCUAACGGUGACCGGAGUGGCUCAAUGCAAGAUCAUGAAGUCAUCUUCGUAUAAGCAAACCGAUUAUCAUAACGACGAGAUGAUGAAUGUUUAUUAUUUCCACCAUCAGGCCGACGAGCUUCUAGGCACUGCCAGCGAGCAAUUCCUUGGAAAGAGCGUCAAGGAGAUCAAGCAGACGAUCCUGCAAACCCUCGAAGGACAUUUGAGAGCCAUAUUGGGAACGCUUACAGUAGAAGAGGUGUACAAGGACCGCGACCAAUUCGCUGCCUUGGUGCGCGAGGUGGCCGCACCGGACGUGGGUCGUAUGGGCAUCGAGAUUCUCUCGUUUACGAUCAAGGACGUCUACGAUGAUGUGCAGUACCUGGCCUCGUUGGGCAAGGCCCAGACCGCCGUGGUCAAGCGGGAUGCAGAUGCCGGCGUGGCGGAGGCCAAUCGAGAUGCCGGUAUCCGUGAGGCGGAGUGCGAAAAGAGCGCCAUGGAUGUGAAAUACUCGACGGACACGAAAAUCGAGGACAACACCAGGAUGUACAAGCUGCAGAAGGCCAAUUUCGAUCAGGAGAUCAACACGGCCAAGGCCGAAUCGCAGUUGGCCUACGAGCUGCAGGCAGCCAAGAUCCGCCAGCGCAUCCGUAACGAGGAGAUUCAGAUCGAGGUGGUGGAGCGACGCAAGCAGAUCGAGAUUGAGUCGCAGGAAGUGCAGCGCAAGGAUCGCGAGCUCACUGGCACAGUCAAGCUGCCCGCCGAGGCCGAGGCCUUCCGCCUCCAGACCCUUGCGCAGGCCAAGCAAUGUCAGACCAUCGAGGGUGCCCGUGCCGAGGCGGAGCGCAUACGCAAGAUCGGAUCGGCGGAGGCCCAUGCCAUCGAGUUGGUGGGCAAGGCGGAGGCGGAACGCAUGCGGAUGAAGGCCCAUGUGUACAAGCAGUACGGCGAUGCAGCAAUUAUGAAUAUUGUACUCGAAUCGCUGCCCAAGAUUGCCGCUGAGGUGGCUGCACCACUGGCCAAAACCGAUGAGAUUGUCCUAAUUGGCGGCAACGAUAAUAUAACCAACGAUGUGACUCGCUUGGUGGCCCAGCUACCGCCAUCGAUCAACGCCUUGACCGGAGUGGAUUUGUCCAAGGUUCUGUCCAAGAUACCGGGGGCCAAGGCGUGAAACCUAAUGGAAUGGGAUAUCCAGGAAAUGGCAAUGACAACGUAACGCAGCGUAAAGGAAUUGUAACCGAUACAAAAACCAGAUAAGGAUAGACAACCGAAUUAAGAAAGAGACGACAGGAAGCGACAAAAUAAGAUGGCGAUAGUUUGCUAAAGAGGGGGCGUGCAUUUGUUAGAGAGAGAAAGAGGGGAAACAGCGAAACGAACUUGAAAAACUCAAGUUUCGAAAUGAAAUCGAACGUGUAGCUAAAUGUACUCCGAUAUUAUAAUAUAUUUAUAUAUAAUAUAUAUAUAUAUAUAUCUAUAUAUAUAUAUCUAUAUAUAUAUAUUUGUAUAUUUAUAUGCACACAUGCAAUACACACAUACACUUGUCUCGUCUGUGUGGUGUCCUAGUGUGUGUGUGUGAUGUUUGGCGGCGUAACAAUCAAAAACAGAACACAAAAAACAACCAACGUUAAUCUCAGCUAAAGUUAUGCAUUUCGAACGCAACAUUUUGUGGCCUUUUCUCUCGAAAACGAAAAACCGAUAACUAUAACAAGAAAUCAACGUGAAAUUUGUAUAACUUUAAAACGAAAACCAUUUAAGCAGAGUGUUAGCUAUUUAUUUACUAUGCUAUAUAUACUAUAUACAUGCAGACUUGCUAUACACAAAGAGCUCUUUCAAUAAACACAUAGAAUUAUAUAACAGACAGUGUUGUACAGCAUAUAUGUAUUAUUUUACAGUGCUGUAGAGAUCUGUAUAAGUAGUCUCUCUCCAUCUCCUUCUUAUACAAUUUCUAUCUGCAACUAAAAACAAAAAAAAAAAAACAAACAAAAAGCUUACAUACUUCCAGGCAAAUUAAAUUAUACAUUAUUAUUUUUUUAAUACAUAACUAACUAUUUAUUUGUUGAUUCGUGCCUGUUUCUUUCGUUGAAUUUUGUUAAACGAUUACUUUUUACGGAAUUGUGCCAUAUAAGGUGCAAACAUUUUAUAUUUGUUUAUUUUUGAUUAUUAUACCAAAUAAUGCUUUGCUCGAUCAAUUUUAUAUCGCAUAUUGCAAAAUAGUCGUAUAUUACUUUACAACACUGUUUUUUCGACAAUUGGCGCUGCUUUACACCCCACACACACAUUAACCAACACAAAUGAGUUUGAAUUUAUGUAUUAUUCUCAGUGCGCAAGAAAAAAUUAAGCCUAAUUUCUUGUUAUACAAAGCGUUUAUAUAAUCAUGUUUGCCUCGUUUAAUCAUUUUUUUAUGUUUAUUAUUUAUGUAACAACACAUAUUGAACUACGAAUAUGCAUUUAAAAUUUUUGUACUUUAUUCUUAUACAUUUUUUUUUAGUUUAUAGCAAAAGGAAAGAAAAAAUAAAGAAAAUAAUUGAAAAAAGCUACCAAAUUUUGUUAUACAUUAACGUCUAACUGGAAUUAAACAGUUAAGCAAUUAAUUUAACGCUUUCAUUUUGAUAGAGUAAUUAACCCUAAUUUUUAUAAGCACUUCUACCAAACACAUACACACACAUACACCCAUUAUACACAGAACACUCACACAUACAUUUUUUUUCUAUUGUAUAUUAAGUCCGAGUAAUUUUAAUUAUAAUGCAGUCUGAUGGAGAAAGCAAGAGAACAAGAACAACAACCAACCGAAGAACUAAAGAACUAAAAUCUAAACCUAAACCUAAUGUAAAAUUUUGUGUAUUUUGUCGUAAAUAAAUAAAUUAAAAAAUACUUAUAUUGAUUGAUAUUG